AACAACUCGCGAAAAAUAAAAUAAACUUAAAUUUCACCAGCUUGAUAAAAAAUAACAAAGCUAAAAAACUACAACAAACGAUAAUAAAAUAUAAAAUAUCUCAAGAUCUCAAGAUUUAAAAAGACAGAUAACGAAAUAAAAAACUUGAAAUAUUCUAUUUCAAAACAUAACCGAAUAUUUCAAAGCAACCAAUUCCGGAAUUUCAUCAGACAAAAAGACACUUUAGUUAAAGUAUAAGCACCAGAUCAUAAUGCGUUCCCUACCGAUGUUUUGGCGUAUGGCUGAGGAGAUGACCCGGAUGCCACGCCUCUCCUCGCCCUUCCAGGCCUUCUUCCACGAACCGCCCGUUUGGAGUGUGGCCCUUCCGAGGAACUGGCAGCAGAUUGCCCGCUGGCAGGAGCAGGAGUUCGCCCCACCGGCCACCAUUAACAAGGAGGGCUACAAACUCACCCUGGACGUCAAGGACUACAGCGAGCUGAAGGUCAAGGUGCUGGACGAGAGCGUUGUCCUGGUGGAGGGCAAAUCGGAGCAGCAGAAGGGCGACCAGGGAGGCUAUAGCUCCAGGCACUUCCUCCGACGCUUCGUCCUGCCGGAAGGAUACGAAGCGGACAAGGUGACCUCCAGUCUGAGCAGCGACGGCGUCCUGACCAUCAGUGUGCCCAAUCCUCCGGCGGUCCAGGAGAGCCUCAAGGAGCGUGAGGUGCCCAUCGAACAGACCGGGGAGCCGGCCAAGAAAUCCGCUGAUGAGCCAAAGAUCGAGAACAAACAGCAGUGAUAUAAUGAGCUCCUAUUAAAAGUAAACACAUGCUAGUGAAGCCCCUAUUUAUAGUUAGAUCUAUCCAUCCUUACCAAGAAAAUUUUAGGACUUGUAAAAUUAAUAGGUUAAUUCGUAAACCUUUUAGAUUUGUAGAAGAAAAUACAUGCUCACAAGAUUAUUAAG